UUGCCGCGAGCGCGUCUCCUUCAUUCGCAGUCUGGGCGGGUUCGGAGGAGGACGGCGGGAGAGGAAAGCGCUCUCGGGACCUCGCGGGGGCACGGCUUCUGGCUCUUCUCCGCGUCCCUGCGAUUUGGGGAAGGCGUAACCGAGCAGCCAGGCGCAGGAGGACCGCAGACCAGCCAUGGGCGCCGGCAGCUCCACCGAGCAGCGGAGCCCCGAGCAGCCGGAGGCGGGGAGCGCGACGCCGGCCGAGCCCGAGCCCAGCGGUAGCGGCUCUGCGGCGGAGGCGGCGCCCGGCACCCCGGGGGAUCCAGGCAUCGCCGCUGCGGACCCCGCCACCAAGCUCCUGCAGAAGAAUGGUCAGCUGUCCGUCAACGGCUUAGCUGAGCAAGGAGACCUCAGCCUCCAGGAGGAAGCGCUCAAUGGCCAGGAUGAGGAAGUCAUUGUCACAGAUGUUGGACAAAGAGAGUCUGAAGAUGUGAGUGAAAAAGAGUCAGACAAGGAGAUGGCUGCUAGCUCAGCGGUGCUUCAAGACAACGCCAAGGAUGGGCAGGAGGAAAUGCCUGAGGUGGUCGAGCAGCUCCCUGCAUCAGAGAGCAGUUUGGAUGAGCUGACACAGCCCGCGGAGCCCCAGGCCAACGACGUGGGCUUUAAGAAGGUGUUUAAGUUUGUCGGCUUCAAAUUCACCGUGAAGAAGGAUAAGACCGAGAAGUCUGACACGGUGCAGCUCCUCACCGUCAAGAAGGAUGAAGGAGAAGGGGCAGGAGAGUCCGACGGCGCUGGGGACCACCCGGAGCCCGGCCAGGAGAUGGGGGACGCGACCCCCAAGGAAAGUGAACUGAAACAGUCCACCGAGAAACCUGAAGAGACGCCCAGACGGGAGCAGAGUCGCACGGAGAUCUCCCAGUCUGGCCAAGCCGCCGAGGAAGGCAAAGAUGACGGAGAAGAAAAGCAAGAGAAGGAACCCACCAAAUCUCCGGACUCUCCCACCAGUCCAGUGGCCAGCGAAACCGCAUCGCCCUUCAAAAAAUUCUUCACCCAAGGCUGGGCCGGCUGGCGCAAAAAGACCAGUUUCAGGAAGCCGAGGGAGGACGAGCUGGAGGCUUCCGAGAAGAAAAAGGAACAAGAGCCUGAAAAAGCAGACGCAGAAGAAACGGAGACGACCCAAGAGUCCUCCGCUGCCACCCCCCCGGCGGAGGCCACCGAGAGCGCCCAGGAGGCCAGGCUGUCGGCGGAGUAUGAGAAAGUGGAGCUGCCCCCUGAAGAGCAAGUCCAGGCACCUCCCGCAGAGAAGCCCGCCCCUUUAGCAACAGAAAUAUUUGAUGACAAAGUAGAGAUCGUCGCGGAAGUCCACGUGAGCACGGUAGAGAGGGACGCCGAGGAGCCGAAAGCCGAGGAAGAAGAACCAGGAGAGGUCGCGUCACCUGAAAAACCCACGGACACCAGUGCUGACCUGCCGGAAGCAGACGAGCCCGCGGAGGAGCUGCUGGAGGCGGAGGAAGAUGCCGCAGCCGGAGCCCCCGCCGCCGGGGGGAAAGCGCCGCCCACACCCCCCGAGGGCGUUGUGACCGAGGCGGAGGUGCUGUCCUCGCAGGAGAGAAUUAAGGUGCAAGGAAGCCCUUUAAAAAAACUGUUCACAAGCACUGGCUUAAAAAAGCUUUCUGGAAAGAAACAGAAAGGGAAAAGAGGAGGAGGAGGAGAUGACGAGUCCGGGGAGCAGCAUCCAGCCUCUGCAGAGUCUCCCGACAGCCCCGACGAACCGAAGGGUGAGAGCUCGGCCUCAUCCCCGGAAGAACCGGAGGAGAUCACGUGUCUGGAGAAAGGCGUAGCCGAGGCCCCCCAGGACGCGGAGACGGAGGAAGGGACCACUUCCGAUGGAGAGAAAAAGAGGGAAGGUGUGACCCCCUGGGCAUCUUUCAAAAAGAUGGUGACGCCGAAGAAACGGGUGAGAAGGCUUUCUGAAAGUGAUAAGGAGGACGAAUUGGACAAGGUCAAGAGCGCCACCCUGUCUUCCACGGAGAGCGCAGCCUCCGAAAUGCAGGAAGAGGCGAAAGGAAACGGAGAGGAGCCGAAGCCCGAAGAGCCCAAGCGCAAGGUUGACACCUCCGUGUCCUGGGAAGCUUUAAUUUGUGUGGGGUCAUCCAAGAAAAGAGCAAGAAAAGCAUCCUCUUCCGAUGAGGAAGGGGGACCGAGACCCCCCGGAGGCGACAGCCAAAAACCUGAGGAAGCCGGGAGAGAGAAGGACACGGGCCCAGAGGCGCCCCCUGCUGGUUCCCAAGACCACGAUCAGGCGCCAGGAAGCUCCUCACCCGAGCAGGCGGGCAGCCCCUCCGAAGGGGAGGGCGUCUCCACCUGGGAGUCCUUUAAACGAUUAGUCACCGCAAGAAAAAAAUCGAAGUCAAAAAUGGAAGAGAAAGGCGAAGACUCUGUAGCUGGCUCUGGUGUAGAACAUUCAGCAUCAGAUGCUGAGCCGGGAAAAGAAGAGUCCUGGGUUUCAAUCAGGAAGUUUAUUCCUGGGAGAAGGAAGAAAAGGUCAGACGGGAAACAAGAACAAGCCGCGACCGAGGAUACAGGGCCAUCGGAGGUCAACGAGGACGAUUCUGACGUCCCAGCCGUGGUACCUCUGGCCGAGUACGAUGCCGUGGAAAGGGAGAAAACCGAGGCGCAGCAAGCCCAGAAGAGCGAGGAGGGGCCUGAGCAAAAGGUGGCUGUGGAUGUGUCAGAGGAGCUCAGUCGGAGCCUGGUUCACACGGUGACCGUGACUGUCGUGGAGGGAACAAGGGUCAUGAGCAGCGCAGAGGAAAGGGCGCCUUCUUGGAUCUCUGCUUCCGUGACCGAACCUCUUGAACCAGAAGACGACGAAGCCAAACCGUCCACUGGGGAGAUGCUUGAAAGUGAAGUCGGCACGGAGGAAACCCCACCCGUCACCAAAAUGCUGCCAGAGAGCGGGGAGGCUGGGGAUGACACAAUGGUCAGUGAAGUGGAACCAGCCUCCGAAGCGGUGACAGCUGCAGAAACGUCGGAGGCGCUUCGUGCGGAGGAAGCCACGGAAGCCUCUGGUGCGGAGGAGACCACAGACAUGGUCUCCGCUGUUUCCCAGCUGACCGAGUCGCCAGACACCACGGAGGAGGCGACCCCGGUUCAGGAGGUAGAGGGCGGCGAGCCCGACGUGGAAGACCAGGAGAGGCGGACCCAAGAGGUGCUGCGGGCGGUUGCAGAAAAAGUGAGAGAAGAAUCACAGCUGCCCGACACCAGAGAGCGGGACAGCACCAUCCAGACCACCCAGGAAGGACAAGCAAGAAUCCUGGAGAAGCUGGAAGAAGCAGAAGAGGAGUCUCACACACUCGAUCUGAAGGAAGUGACGGACAGAGCGUCAGAAGCACUCGUACAAGAAACUAAACCCGAGCCACAAGGGAAGGAGAUUGUCCAGGCCACCCCAGAAAGCUUGGAACCAGUUCCUCCAGGCACAGAGAGCGCAGAGUCCCGUGAGCUUACAACCACUUGUCAAGCUGAAACUGCAGCUGGGGUAAAAUCAGAGACUGUGCCAGCACAGGCCAUGGCUCCUGACUCAGCUGAAACCCUCACAGACAGUGAGACCAAUGGAAGCACCCCAGUAGCAGAGUUUGAAGCUCCAACUCUAAUCCAGCAGGACAAGAUCAUGGAAAUCCACGAAGAUGCUGCGGUUGCAUCUGGUCCCACAUCCCAGGUCACAGAAGGUGAGGCCGUUCCUGCCCUCAAAGAGAUGCCUCCAGCACCUUCCCAUUUUCAAUGCCAGGAAGAAAAGGGUGCAGAAGUGGAAGAGAUUCUGGAACAUACGGAGAAAGAAGUAACCAUGGAGUCUGUACCCAUCCUUUCAAAGACUGAGGGGGUUCAAGAGGCCAGCCAAUGUGCCGAUGAGGAGGCCAGAGAGGAGGCCAGAGAAGAACCACUGGUCGAAGGACUUGCCAUGUCUGCGGACACGGAAAUCACCAUCGGUCCAAAAAAGAUAACUGAAGUUUCCCUUGAGGAUGAAGUUACCCAAAAAGCUGAAUUUCAAAGGGAUGAUACUGUGGAACUCCACAGUCCUACCAAGUCUCUUCCAGCCCCAGUGGAGCAAGAGGUGGUAGUUCAAGUGGAAAGGGAGGAAAUGGAAGCAGAGCCCACCCAAGUGAAGGAAGAGAAACUUGAGCUCAAACCACCUGUUACCGUAUGUGAAGAGCUCAGUCAGCAGCUGGUUCAGGCCGUUCACGUAACCGACAUAGAUGGGGAAAAGGAAGUUGUCAGUUUUGAAGAAAGUGCUUUGCUCGUUCACAAGGAAGCCACAUGCACAGAAAUUCAUGUUCAAAGUGCUGAGGCAUCAUUAGCUCUAACAGCAGCAGCAGUGGAGGAGAAGGUCUUAGGAGAAGCUAUCAAGAUUUUAGAAGCAGCUGAAACGCUGGAAUCUACAGAUGCACAUUUCGUACCAGAAGAAAAAUCCUCAGAAAAAGAGGAAGAUGCUCCUGCUCAGCGGGGCGAAGAUGUGGUGCCUACAGGGACUGAGUCUCAGGCAGAAUCAGUGCCGGUGAUAGCAGCUGUUACUCCUGAAAAAGGCAUCAGCACCGACCUGGAAGGAGAUAAAACCACAUCACAGAAGCGGGAGUCAGAUGCAGGCGAAGAGCAGGUUGAUCUUUGGGAAGGCAGAGUGAGUGAAACAAGAGAGGAAGAUUUAAAGGCUGAAAAUGAGAUUUUGAAACUUGAGACUGAGAGCUGCAGACUCGUGCAGAACGUAAUUCAGACAGUUGUGGACCGGUUGGGAAGCACGGAAGACACGGCCACUGAUUUCCAGACCCAGGCUCCACUGACGAAAACUGACAGCCAGGAAGCAGGGCAGAAAAUUGAAAAAGAAGAAAGCCAAUUUGAAGCCUCCACACCAGAUGAAACACAAACAAUUGCAGCCAAAGAGGAGUCUGGGCUGAGCACUAGGGAACACAUGCAUCCAGCUAUUUCCAAAGAUGUGACCGAAGCAUCAGAGAAGGUGGUGGCCACUCAGGUAGAAAGUUCCAGCGUAAAUGACCAGCAGCUUGAAGAAGUAAAUCUCCCAUCGGAGGGAAAGAGAGAGACAGAGUCUGUGCCAGAAGACGAUGGUGGUGCCCGGCUUGGAGAAAGAACAGAGAAGUUUGAAUCCCAAGAAGGUGAAAAGGGUGAUGCUACUGAUGACCCCAGCAACCAAACUUCAGCCCUAGAAGAUGCUGAGGCCUCGGGAGGCUCAAGCAAAGAGUCCCCAGAUACGCAUGGACCCAGACUGCAAGAGAAGGGAGAUGGCCAGGAAGUAGAAUUUCAGGAAGAAAAAGUGCAGAGCGAGUCAGAAAAAGAGAUCAGAACACAAACACAGGAGGAGACACAGAACAAAGAGAAGGAGCCGGCAAAACCUGAACCCACAGAAUCCUAAAACAUCAUUUACCCUUGUGUAUUCGCAAGACCAGAAUGUGAAGACGCGCAGAAGAAAAUGAACGCUGCUGACGAGACUCAAGACCCAUCUUUCAGAACUUGGAGAACCGAAGCCCCUGCCCAGCAACUGCUCUCAUUGCUAAAGGCCCCCCGACAAUCCUGAGGCGUCAUCGGGAGCGAUAGCCAGUUAACGUUUCCUCUUUCCAACACCGCCCUCGAGUUUCCCCUCGGUACUUUAUAAUGUCUCUGAUUUAAUGUCCUCAAUUAGCCUGGAACUGGAGUUGGCAAUACCUAGUUCUGCUUCUCAAACUGGAGUAUCCUUCUUUAUGUAUUUAUAUGUAUGUUUUAAGUAACCCUCCUUGUGUAUCUAUUGUAUAUUUUUUUUCUCUUGAUGUUUAAGGAAAUGGACAGUAUAGUGCAUUCCUUUUGUAUCCCAUAGUACACGCCGGGGCACGCAGCCACGGUGAAGUUUCAGGAAGCUUUCUGUGUCAGUUACAACCUGUGAACACAGAGCUUCUUAGAAAUAACAUUCCUGAUCAGAAGCUACCCUUCCUAUUUUUAAAAUUCACGAAGGAUUAGGUCCGUGUUUAAUAUCGCUCUGAAAUUGGUCACUUUCCUACUAUGGACCGUACGCCAUAAAAUAAGUGUUUUGGGGUGGGGGGAGUGCAUACAGAAUGUUCCAUUGUUACUAGGAAAUUGUUUUUCUAGCCCCCAGUGGAAGGAAGUUUUUUUCAGUAGCAGAUUAAAUUGAAGUCUUCCUCCUAAUUGUUAUGGUUGUUUGGACAGAUGAGUGUGCUUCAUUUUGAGGCAAUGUAGUGAAAUGUUUUUCAUGUUAUCAAGAAAAGAAUUGACUGUUUUCAAGUCUAUCUUAUAUGCUGGACCACAUUCACACACAGCAUGAAAUGAGUCAGGUUCUCUACAAAUGGUAUUUUGGUGGAUGCUGGAUUGUGUCUGUGCCAUAUUUGUGCCCACGCUUUUAUGAACAAUGUAGCAUUAUGUUCAUUUGGAGAAAUUGUGAUUUGACAACUGAUUUAAAUAAAAUAUUUGCUUCACAUA